AUGAAGUCGAUAUCGGUACUAGCAAUGGCCUUCGCCGCGAACUGCGCCAAUGCGACAGCGCAUCAACCCCCGCCCUCGCUCGUCGUCAGAGGCAAUCCGCCAUUUCCGCCAAUUGAAACACAUAUUGGCUGGCAUACACCCGCCUUCGUUGGUUGUUUCAAUGACUCAGGCACCUUGAAGCUGAACACCACACGCAUGAACACUCAACAAACGAUAGACUUCGGCAAUGGCCCAGAGCUGGAUACCGGUGUGUCGAGCGGUAACUGUGAAAAAUGGUGUGGUGCGGUUAAGGACAAAAAUGACCAGCAGAUUUAUCAAGUUGCCGCAAUGAGUCAAGGAACUCAGUGUUGGUGUGGUACUCAAUAUCCGCCAAAGUCGUCCUUGACCGACACACAAGACUGCAAUAUCCCAUGCUCGGGCUAUGACUUGGAGUAUUGCGGCGGUGCCGAGACGUGGAGCGUCUACAACUUGGGCUUUCCAGCGGUUACCAACUCAAAGCCUAAGGUUUCUAGCACCAGCGCAGCACCAAGCUCAACUGCUGCGGCCAAGACGUCCAGCAUUUCAAGCGCCGUAUCCGAACCGACUGUCACCACUACUGAAUCAAUCUUGCCCGACGAACCCAAGAAGGGAAAGAGCAACACGGCCGGAAUUGUGGCAGGCACCGUGGUGGCAGUCGUUGUCGUCUUGUCCGCGGUUGGGGGUGUCUUCCUCUUUAUGCGUCGCAAGCGGAACAAGGAGAUUGAGGAUGAGCAUCGACGCAACGCUGCCGUCAACGCUUUCGUUGGUAAGCCGCCCAGCACCAGCGAUGGGAUGUCCAUGGCAGACGCCCGCCUCGACCCUGUCCUCGUGCAGAGGAGAUUAAGUGAUGGCAGUAUCGCCGACAACCAAGACUACUCCAGGAGGAUCCUUCGCGUUACAAAUGCAUGA